AUGAAGUUUGCGUUUGCAACCACCGCCGCCCUCUUGGUUUCGUCCGUCCAUGCCAUUCCCCUCGUCCGUCGCCAGGCUGCAGUCGCGACACCAGAACAAAUCUCCCAGCUCGCUCCAGAUCUCGGGGCUUUCCCGAAUACGAACCCAAAUCAAUUCGGAGACUGUGAUGGUCCACGACAAGCAAAUGGAGAAAUUCCCCGUGUUCCCUGCCCAUGUCCUCCAUUGCGCGACGAGUAUAUUCGCCAAUUGACCGCAAACAUCCAAGCCGGACAUGCCGUCAACAAUCCGACUGUACGCAUGUCUUUCCCAGUCGGAAACAGUCUGCAAGACAAGCAUGAUCGUAUUACCGCCGCUAUCAUCACCCUUCAAAACUUGAAUGGUCCAGGCAAAGGCUGCCCUGGAGUUUCUACGACGCUGGGCAUCCAAUCCAAGAAUCUCGACACGUGUGGAGACUUCCAAUGCAAUGGAAACACCUCUCCAGCUUCUUCUUCUGCGGCUCCUCCGGCUACGUCUACGACGUCCGCGGCUGCACCACCACCAGCACAGACCAACAAUCCCAAUGCUGGCGGACUCUCGCGUGAAGAAGUCGACCGUCUUGCGCCUCAGCUCGGCGGUGUACAGAACAAUAAUCCUACUGGCACCGGCGACUGUGAUGGACCGCGACAGCCGGACGGUUCCAUCAAAAAGGUGCCUUGUGCAUGCCCUCCAGACAGGACGACGUUUAUCAAUCAACUCGUUGCCAACAUUCAAGCCGGACACGCUGUCAAUAAUCCAACGGUCAAGCUCACUUUCCCGACUGGCAACACGCCGCAGGAUAAGAGGGGACGCCUCACGGCUGCAACGAUUACGCUCCAAAACUUGAACGGACCAGGAAAAGGAUGCCCCAAUGUGUCCACUACAAUUGCGCAACAAGCCUUGAACGUGGACAAGUGUGGAGAUUUCGAGUGUGGUGGCGUUUCGAGCGCGUCGAUCGCUUCGACUGACUCCCGCUCUCAAUCUCAGUCCUCUUCGGCUCAACAAGGUACCUCGGAAGCACCAAACUCGAACACGCCGACACGUACAACCAACGGUGGUGCCUCGUCCACGGUCACAGUCACGUUCACUACCGUCGUAACCUCUGUAAUCACCGUUACCCGUGGCCAAGAGCAAAAGACAAACACGGCCACGAAUCCGCCUGCUGCGACGUCUGCUCCUGCACCCAUCCUUCAAAAUGCUAGUACCACAUCGGUAGCAUCGGUCGCAGCUGCAGGAGGUGCUGGUGGUCUUUCGCGCGACGAGAUUGACCGACUCGCUCCUCAACUCGGUGGCGUGCAGAAUAACAAUCCUACCGGUACGGGCGACUGUGACGGCCCAAGGCAACCAGAUGGCACCAUCAAAAAGGUUCCAUGUGCAUGCCCUCCGGACAGGACGACGUUUAUCAAUCAGCUCGUUGCCAACAUUCAAGCCGGACACGCGGUCAAUAACCCAACGGUCAAGCUCACUUUCCCUACUGGAAAUACGCCCCAAGACAAAAAGGGACGUCUCACGGCUGCAACGAUUACGCUUCAAAACUUGAACGGGCCAGGCAAGGGAUGCCCUAAUGUCUCUACGACCAUUGCCCAGCAGAGUUUGAACAUUGACGCCUGUGGCGAGUUUGAGUGCGGCUCUUCCCCCGCUCCUGCUCCAGCCCCAGCCCCAGCCCCGGCACCAUCACCAGUCCCAGCACCAGCUCAGGCACCAGUACAAAACGGCAACCCGAACAUACUCUCACGCGACGUCGUCGACCAACUCGCGCCCCAGCUCGGCUCAGAGCCGAACCGCAACCCGACCGGCACAGGAGACUGCGACGGACCAGCGCAACCCGAUGGGAGCAUCAAAAAGGUUCCCUGCGCGUGUCCACCUACGCGUGCGGCCUUUAUCGAUGCGCUCAUGGCCAACUUGGCCGUCGGACAUGCGGUCAAUAACCCGUCGGUCUCGUUGAGCUUCCCUACAGGCAACUCGCGAGAAGACAAGCUUGCCCGCAUCACUGCGAGUACGGUUACAUUGCAGAAUCUCAAUGGGCCUGGUAAAGGUUGUCCGAAUGUGUCGACGACGUUUGCCCAGCAGGCGUUGGCGGCGUAG